AUGCCACGCCCGACUUACUUGCGAUCUGCAAUAGAUGUUCAUAUUAAAUGGAAACAAAUUCAGGGUGUGGGGGAGGGGACCGGCACGUGUACAGCGAUCAGCUGUUGGAGGGGUCAACGGACGGCUCGGCCGGGCCGGUUAACAUCGCCUCGCAAGAAAGGCGGUCGAGUCAUUGCACUGGCGACCGGCGACCGGCAGCGAGGCUGCUCUGAACCGACGAGUUCACGACGUGGACCCCAACUGGUGAUGGAUGACUCAGAACGACCUUCGAUCACGAAGGGCCUCAUAUAUAGGAUAGUUGACAACCUCGGUGGAGAUGAUCGCGGAACCUUACCCAGUGAACCGCGGCUCAUGCGGCCGAUCCACCGCGGGGAUUAUGUGUUCCUGGACUCUGAUAAAUACUUACAUAGCAUCGGUAAUGAUCGCGGUGGGACGGAUCAUUUAGCACUACGAGGAAUGAACAUUGUAUGUUUUGUAAUGUACGGGCCAUGGAGAUGA